UCUCUUUCUCCAAGGGGCCGAUCAACAUAGCUUCCUGUGCCUGAAUAUUUGCACUCAAGACCGUAACUCAGUACCUCUGUGUGACAUGGAAUCCAUAUGCAAAAGAAGAUGGUAUCUUCAGUUGGGCUGUCUGUUGAUGGUGAAUUUUGUUUAUGGCAAUCUAGAAUAUCUAAAAGAAGCCCCUGCCAGUUUGGGUGUGAUUGAUCACCAGUGUUGGGAAGUCUCCUCUCUUAGGCUGGUGGAAAUGAAGAAACUCAGGGUAGAAAGCACAGUUAUUGCUCUCUGGGAAUUCAUGAUGUUCCUGAAAGAGUCUUCUAACCCCAAGCAUAAUGAUGUCUUCAAUGAUCUAUCUCAGAACUUCUGGAAUAUGUAUAUCGACUGUGUGCUCUCAAGAUCUCAUGGACUGGGCAGAAGACAAUUAAUGUCUCCAUUGACUUCUUCUACCUAUUCACAGAAAACCAAAGAAGGUUUCACAAACCUCAAUGGUAGGGCAAAGAGGCAAGCAUAUAGAAGACACCUCAGGAAGAUGACCCCAAAUUGAAGGAAGCUGGUCUGUUUUUCAUAAAGCAGAUCCUCUACU